AUGUCCGCGGUCGACCCCGCCCUUCAGGAUCCUCUCCUUUCGCUCCGGCGCGCGAUCGCCGCUGGUAGCCUUCCAACCGCGACGACCUCGUCGGAGCUCUCGAGCGACCACGCGACGGAAGACCUGGCUCAGGCGACACACCUCUUCUUCUCGCAACCGGUUCCCCAAUCCAUUGCGCUCACCACUCCCACGCGAUUCGUCUCCGCCUCCACAAGCACACCCGUUGACCUCCGCAGCAUCUUUUUCGCGUGGCAGAAGAAGGAUGUCGCGAUUCCAGAUUACAUCGCCUCGGCGCAGGAGCUGAAUGAGGCGCUGAAGCAGAAGGAAGGAGACGAGGCACAAGUCCAAAACCUGGUCUUUGUCGAACGUCUGGAUCUGAUCACUUGGCUGGAAGGUGCUUCUGAUGAGAGCGAAUACAUCAAGCCGCUGGAGGGUGCCGCUGCUGCUGCUGAGGCCGCCGCGGCGGUUGCUGGCACUAUUCAGUCAGAUGCUGCUGCGGGAAUUGCCUCUGGUGCCGCUAGAGCAUCUGCCCAGGGCGGUGCAGGCGCUGCGCCGACAGGAGCCCAGGGAAGUAGGGCGCAGAAGCAGAUCGACCCCCGACUGCAGGAGAUCUACAAUGGGGAACGAAAGACUGGAGACCGGAACACUGUACUACAUGGAAUCAAGCCAACGGACUUCUCCCACAUCCGGAAAAGCGCCGAGGUCUUCCACGACAAAAACCGCAAUCGCCCUGGCCAGCAAGGCGCAAAGCCCGGCGUCAAGAGCUCUUCCGUGGUGCCAGCACCGUCUGCAGGACUCCCCCUGCCGUCGCGCAAAUCCAACUCUCGCCCCGACCCGAUCAUCCUCCUCUCCCCCUCCGCCUCUUCUCCUAUCCGCAUGUCCAACAUCAAAUCCUUCCUGGGCGAGGGCGUUUACGUCCCUCCCGACCACCCAACUCUGAGCAUGUCAACCGACGCCAACUUCAUGGAAAUCAAGCGCACGCUGAACCUGAAGGCCGACCCCUCAAACCCCUCCGCCGGCUCCAUCGGCUCACAGGUCGGACGGUCCUCGAAGCCAACCAAAUUCAUUCUCGUCGACGGUACGACCAACUUCAAGCCCGAGUAUUGGUCACGAUUGGUGGCUGUCUUCACGACCGGUCAAACAUGGCAGUUCAAAUCAUACAAGUGGUCUUCGCCGCCUGAGCUCUUCAAGCAUGCGCAGGGUAUCUUCGUCAAGUUCAGGGGAGAAGAUACGCCCGAGGCAGUGACUUCAUGGGGUAGCGGUGUGGCUUCAUUCCCGAUCGCACGGUGGGAUGACAAGCUCGGUGUCAAUGGCCCUGGACGCUGGAAGGAUCAGGAGGUCGUGGAGAGUAUCUGGAUGGCUAUCGAGGAGAGUAUGAAGCUCCGCGGCUGGGGAUCUAAGUAA